AGGGAUGCCACGUGACAAAGAUGUUCCUUAAAAGAAGGGGUUGGCAGCACAGUGAUGCCCACACUUCGCUGUUUUCAGUUGUGAGUGCCUGAUCUGCCCUUUCGAAAGCCGUGCACGAUGAUUGAGCCCUUCUUAGGCACCUGGAAGCUCAUCUCCAGUGAAAACUUUGAGAAUUACGUGAGAGAACUGGGAGUGGAAUGUGAACCUCGGAAAGUUGCAUGUUUAAUAAAGCCAAGCGUUAGUAUUAGCUUCAAUGGGGAAAGAAUGGACAUCCAAACAGGAAGUGCAUGCAAGAACACGGAGAUCUCCUUCAAGUUGGGGGAAGAAUUUGAAGAGACCACUGCAGACAACCGGAAAGUGAAGAGUCUUAUAACUUUUGAAGGUGGGUCAAUGAUCCAGGUCCAAAGAUGGCUUGGCAAACAGACAACCAUUAAAAGAAAAAUUGUGGAUGGAAAAAUGGUAGUGGAGUGCACCAUGAACAAUGUCGUCUGCACUAGGAUCUACGAAAGGGUGUAGCAGAAGGGUAGACACCAACAAGAACUUGGCCACCACAACGAAUUUGCUCCUGAAGAAAACCAGCCCCAGGGACAGCGAUUUAAAACAUCACGCCCAUAAGUUAUGCUCAAUAAAAGCACGACUCGAAA